UCCUCUAGAGUAACUUUGAACUGUUAUUGAUAUUGUUAAUUAAUGUUAAAUACAUAGCGAUUUCCUUAUAUAUUCACCUUUUAAUUGUGUUUUUGACCUGCAGGUGUGCUUUAUUAUUUCCGCAGAACAACAGAGUGAGAGAGGAGAGGACUUACCAUGUCUUUAAGAUCAGCAGCAAGAGGAUUUCUAGCUUUCCUUCUGUCAGUACCAGCGCUUCAGGGUAAUGAUGAAUGGACGGUUACUUACUCACCUAGUAAUGUCUGCGCUUUAAGAAAAUCGACGGUUGACCUCAGUUGCACUUAUGAAUACCCUGACAACGUACAGUACCGCCCUAACACAGUCUAUACACUGUGGUUUACUAAAGUAUCCAACGAUCAGCCUGUUGACCUGCGAGGGGAUGCAGACUAUACAGGUCGUGUUGGAUACAGCUGUGGAGAGGUCAGCUGUACCGGGUCCAGAUGUCAUGGAACAUGUUCCCUGAGAAUCAAAGACCUGAGAGAGAGUGACUCUGAUGUCUACAAGGUUAGGUUCACAACAAACCAACCAGAUGGGGAAUAUACUGUUGACCCUGGAGUGACAUUAUCUGUAACAGAUCUCCAGGUGAAGGUGUCCUUUCCUGACCCUCCCGAUCCUACCAGGGCAGAGCUGGAGUGUCACAGUAGGUGUGGUCUAGCUGGUGACCCUCCCUACAUCUGGUUCAGAAAUGGACAGAAUCUAAGACAUGGAGAGAAGAACUUGGUCCAACCUCAGUCUGGAGGCAGCUAUUCAUGUGCUGUUGAAGGAUACAAUCUCAAAUCUCCUUUAGUGUACGCUCCAAAGACCCCCUCAGUGACCGUGAGUCCAUCUGGUGAAAUAAAGGAGGGCAGUUCAGUGACUCUGAACUGCAGCAGUGAUGCCAACCCAGCAGCUAACUACACCUUGUUCAAGGUCAAUAUAGAUAAUUUAUCCAGAGACAUGAACCACGGACAACCGCUCGUCUUUGGACACAUCCUGUCUACAGACUCUGGACAAUAUCGUUGUGACGCACAAAAUAAGCUAGGGAAAGAAUCAGUCUCCAUCUCUAUCAAUGUCCAAUAUGGACCCAAACACACAUCUGUGUAUUCAAGUCCCUCUGGUGGAAUAGAGGAGGGCAGUUCAGUGACUCUGAGCUGCAGCAGUGAUGCCAACCCAGCAGCUAACUACACCUGGUUCAGGGAACAUGAAGACUUAGUGGAAGAAUCAGGACAGAAGCACACUAUCACUAAUAUCACAUCUGAGCAUGGAGGAAACUAUUACUGCCAAGCUCAUAAUGAAAUCGGACGUCACAAUUCCCCCUUUUUAUUCAUUAAAGUGACAUCAUCAUCACAUACAGCAAUGGAAGCUGUAACAACCAGUGUUAUGUUACUGGCCACCAUACUUCUCCUUCUCGUCUUCCUCUGGUUGAGAAGAAAGAGGGCCUCCAGAAAGGCAUGUGGACAGGGAGGAAGGCCAGAUACUGUGGAGGAGCCACUUCCUGUUCCUGUGUAUGAAAACGCCUCAGCUCUGACCAAUCAAAUGGUUCCUACACUUGGAGAACGAAAUGAAGAGAAGGAUGACGACCUUCACUGUGCCAGCAUCCACGCCUCUCGCUCAGAGAACCAGGAAGUUCCUCGCCGGUUGACUGGCUCUCGUGUCCAAUCAGACCAGACAGAUACAUCCUUUUACUCUGUGCUCAACAUUAAGAGACUCAACGCUGUCUCUGGAGAAAGUGACCAGACAGAAACCUCAGAAGUUUACAGCAACGUCAAAGAAUAACCUGGAGAUUGAACCAGUGGCAGCAGCACGAUUUAAAUAGUAGUGAAGAGGAGGUUUUGGGAAUAUCUAGCGCUGGCUUUAGACCAGGGGUCGGCAACCCUAGGCACGCAUGCCAACACUGGCACGUGGCAGCAUAAUCAUUGGCACACUUGAGAAGAAAAUGUCACAGCACAAUGUGGCAGCAUAAUCAUUACUACCGGGUUUUUUUGCACUUUAUUCUGUUUUGGGCAUUUCCUCCCUGUGCAAGUAUGUUUAAAUGAGAUACUGAAAGCAGUGUUCUGAAAUGGGAUCAAUUAAUAGUAUGUAGCCUAAACCUAUGUUGUGAGUAAUAGAGAAGAAAAUAUUUAAAAUAUUGUGGCAAGUGGCCUGUAUGCAUCGCCUUCACAUGGUUUUGCAAAGAUGUACAUGUCUUAAAGAUAUGAGGAUGGUUCCAACAUUCUCAUAUAUUCUCGGUUUCUCAAAUCGGAAAUAUGUUUUUGAAUGAGUUUCUGGAAGUUGUGUUUUAAGAUGGGACAUAUGUAAUUAUAAUUUGUAAUCCCAUGUUGCAAAUAUAACAGCAAAAAAAUCAUUAGACAAUUCCAGGUCUUCUGGAAAUGUUUUUGGUCAUAAUUCAGCUUAAUAUAUUUUUGCUUAAGGCACACAUUAACGAGAAAAUGUCAAACUGGCACUGCAUGUUGAAAACUUUGCUGACCCCGGCUUUAGACCAAUGGGAGUGUCGGUGAGAACACAGGGUUGUCCAGUCAGAGUUCCAAGUUUUAUGGGCUUUAUUGUCCAAAGGUGUGAGCAGGACUGUAUGCAUGCGUGUUGGUGGGUAUGAUGCUAACGUGUAACUAGGUAUAAUGGGUAGGUAGUUAGGUUGGAUAUAUGUGUGUUAAGGUAAGUUGUGUGUGCGGCAAAGCCUGAUUUCCACCGGGGACGUAAGCGCUGCGGUCACCGCUGCUGAUGGCUGCCACUCUAAUCAAAGAAACCAUUCCCACCGGGCGCGCUGCGGAACGUCUUAGCAUCCCAGGAGCAUCCCAACGUCUCAGUGUCCCAGGAGCGGCGCGCUGCGCCGCAGCACUAUCAUUCCGUAGCACUUCUAUUUUUGACGCAAGACGUUGCUGAACCGCGUCAAAUUCAACAGAGCAGAUCGAGCCGGCAGGAAGUGAAAAAGUAAAAGCCAUAGAGCAUCCGGUAAAUUUUUUAAAUAAAACAAUACUCAGCUCAAGUAGCCUAUCACAACUUCACAUCAACAUUACGUCAUGACCGGUGGAUUUAGUUCAGCAGUCAAUCAAAGGGUCUCAGAGGGUCGGCAACAUGGACGACGAGAGACUGAUUGUCGAAGUGGAGCAACAUAAAAUAAUUUAUGAAAUAAAUCAUCCUUUUUAUAAGGACAAUGUCAGAAAGGACAAAGCCUGGCAUUUAAUUGCAGUAGUUUUGGGAGUGGAAGGUGAGUACAUUAGGUUUAGGAUUAUCGCGUGAUCUUGUGUGAAUACGGCUGGCUCGCAAGGCAGCGCUACGCUGCCGUUACGCGCCCGGUGGGAAUUGACGCAGGGUAGAAUUCGCAGCCGUUCCGCGACGCGUACAUCCCCGGUGGAAAUCAGGCGUAAGGUAGGAUAUGUGCUAAGGUAGGAUGUAUGGCUAAGGUAGGAUGUGGGGCCAAGGUAUGUGUGCUAAUGUAGGAUGUAUGGCUAAUGUAUGUCUGUUUGGCUAAGGUAUGUGUGUUUGGCUAAGGUAUGUGUAUGGCUACGGUAGGAUGUUUGUCUAAUGUAGGAUGUUUGGCUAAGGUAGGAUGUUUGGCUAAGGUAGGAUAUGUUUGCUAAGGUAGGAUGUAUGGUUUCUGGGAAGCAAACAAAAUGUACAACAAUCAGCUCGACAAUGCAUUGCCACAAAUUUACGCACAGAAGGAGUUCAAAGUACAGUUCACAAGGUGUUCAGUGUCUCUGAACAAAGGAAAGGGGUAUGGUCACAGGUGAGGCUUAAAUAGUGUGUGGCAGGGCAGGGAGUAAUUAACUGAUUGACAUGGGCAAAUUGGGAAAACGAAGGGGCAAAUAAAGGGGUGCAACUCUGGGUCUGUGAGGUGAGGAGGGAAGCAGAAAUCUUCCAAACAGCCGCCCCCAAAUUUGUCCAGGUCACGCCAGAGGGGUUUGUCUUGGGGCAACAGGCGCACUUGGUGGAACAACCUUUGCAAAUGCAAAGGUUGUGGAAGUAGGACAGCCAAUGCAACAAUAAUAUACAUGUACUAUUUGUUAGUUUUGCAAAAAAUGAAUACAUCUAUCAGAUGAAAAAUAUAUUUAAUCCAACAUUGAAAAUAUAAACAAUGUUGGCCGAGCCACAUUGUGUUUAUUCAUGAUGAAACUGCUCCCCUCGUUCCAAAAUGAGCCCAUGCAAGCUUGCGCCAAAUGUGGAAAGUUAAUUUCAAAUAAAUAUUGAAUAUGAAACUAACUACGACGGUAGUAACAUGAGGUGGCGAAACUUUGACAGGAUCCAAGGUCUUUGAUGCCUCUGUUGAAAUCGAUGGUGGUUAAAGUUGUAAUAGUUGUAAACAUGAGCUCUAUUGUUGAAGAAAGUGGCUGCUUCGGAAAUAUAUCUCAGGGGGGGCAAUUUUUCUGAUAAUGAUUAAUGUGACCCAUUCAAUAGGUGCGUUAAGCAAGGCAGUAUCAAUUUGUUGUUCGAUGAUUCAUUCAUAUAGAGAUCCUUCUUGUAUCCACUAGAUGGCAACUCCAUAAACAAAAAUGGUGUAGCUCCACAAUUAAUUAUUUAAAUUAAUCUAAUGUUGAAUGAUGUAAAUAAGCUAAACAGGAGAAAAUAUGUCGUGCAACAACAUAAAGACAAGGGCAGCAUAUUAAGUCAAGUAUUAAUUGACUAACCUUGAAAGAUUUGGCCUA